GAAACCAAAGAGAACACUAUUCUCCUCUUUUGAAGAUCUUUGAGUACUAAUCCAUGGCAAUCUCUCACGUUCAUCCUAUGUUUCUUCUGGUCCUAUCACUCUUCUUCUUACCUAUUUUGCUGGCCCAGACCGCCUUCAUUACCAACUGCAGCCCAGUGUAUGGCGGAAUCAGAGCUACUGGAUUGGAGACAUUCGUGGAGCAGGGGAGAAAAAGCUUUAACUUAACCUGCUCUACAGGUACAGUACUCACCAAAGGAGUCAUUAUUGCGGUAGUUAAACGAGGCUACAAUUUAGGACCAAUCUUAAAUGUACAACAAUACAAUCUCUGUGAUUUGAUCACAUGUCCUGUUGCACCUGGCUCUUUUGUGAUUACUUUUCGCAAACUAUAUCCUGUUGGCAUAAAAUGGCAUAUCGAAACAAAAAUAGUCCUAAACGCAGGCCCUGGUAAGAUCGUUAAUGGAGUGCCGGUGCCGGCCGACGGAAGUCUGUGUGUAGACAUCGAUGAUUAUUAUUUUCCUUGAUCACAAGGAUAUAAUGUGUCCAAUCUUCCCUUGCAUAAUUUCAAAUGCGUGAUUUUUUUCCAAGUCAAGUUGUUUUAUGAGAAAAUGUAUUCUCAGCAUUUUCUAUGUCGUUUUCUCUUUUUUGGAGUGAUGUACUGUUUGUUAUCCAAGAAAUAAAAGGUGGUUUACACUUUACA